AUGGCCAACCUGGCAUCCACGUACCGGAAUCAGGGACGAUGGAAGGAGGCAGAGGAGCUAGGAAUGCAGGUGAUGGAGGUCCAUAGCCGAGUUUUAGGGCCAGAGCAUCCCGACACUCUAGCUAACAUGCACAACCUGGCAUAUACUCUGUGCUCCCAAGAGGAAAUUCGCGAGGCUAUUGUGUUGGGACUGGCAGGCCAUGACUCGCCUCUUUCCAGGCACAACCAUGGCUUGGCAGGUGUCCACGCCUCCUCGGGUCAAAUGAGGCCAGCGUGUUAUCUGGAGCCCCGUGCCAGCCUGUCAUGGAAAGCCAUGCUCUUCACCCUCUGA